AUGGUAUCAAAAGACUCAACAAGCGGUACAGUCAAACUUGCUUCUGGUCAUUCUUACCCCCUGACCGGAUUAGGUCUUUGGAAAGUCCCCCAAGAAUCAUGCGCUGAACUCGUAUACGGCUCUCUCAAAUUAGGGUAUCGGCUGCUUGAUGGUGCAGCAGAUUAUGACAAUGAAGUUCAAGCCGGAGAGGGUGUGACCAGAGCUCUGAAGGAAGGUAUAGUGAAAAGAGAAGACGUAACAGUUGUUAGCAAACUCUGGAACACGUAUCAUGCCGCUCAACAUGUUGAAGCUGCUUGCAGAAGAAGUUUACAAGACUGGAAUGUCGACUAUUUUGAUGUUUAUUACGUGCAUAUGCCUAUAUCCCUCAAAUACGUUGAUCCAAAGGUACGAUAUCCUCCCGGUUGGAGUUAUGAUGGAACACCUACGGGAGCGUUAGAAAUAGAAAACUCUCCAUUUCACGAAACAUGGAAAGCCAUGGAAAGUCUCGUGGAUCUAGGCCUAGUUCGUAAUAUAGCAAUCAGUAAUAUGCCAGGAGGUAUGAUCAUGGAUCUCAUGGCCUAUGCUAGGAUCAAACCUGCUGUACUCCAGGUAGAAUUACAUCCUUACCUUUCUCAAGUAAACCUAGUUCGUCUCGCUCAAGCAUUCAAAAUCCAUGUUACUGCUUAUUCCUCUUUCGGUCCUACUUCAUGGGUCGGAAUAUCCGAUACCGUAGUAGCCAAAUGUGAACCAUUAUUUACUCAUUCCACUAUCGAGAAAAUCGCCAAAGAUCACUCGGCGACUCCUGCUCAAGUCAUACUUCGAUGGGCAACUCAAAGAACGAUCAGUGUCAUACCAAAAAGUUCAAGCUCAGAACGUCUCAAGGGGAAUCUGGAGAAUGAGAAGUUUGAUUUGACAGAGGAAGAAAUCAAAGCUGUUGACGAAUUGAAUGUUAAUUUAAGAUUCGCGGAUCCUGCCGCGGCGGAUGCACGAUUAGGUGUAUACGCAUAG